UACAAAGUUCUCAUACAUACGUUUCCUCUAGCCACCUUAUUGUUGUCCUACUUAGCCAGCUAUACCAAAUUUACGAAAUGGCUGCUGCCAACACCCACCACCUUCAUUCAGUAUCAAAAGUAGGGAUUAUAGGGGCAGGUAUUAGUGGAAUCGCGGCCGCUAAACAGCUUUCAGGUCACAGUCCGGUGGUCUUUGAGGCCACUAAUUCCAUUGGGGGUGUUUGGAGACACUGUUCUUACAAUUCUACCAAACUCCAAACCCCUCGUUGCGAUUUCGAGUUUUCUAACUACCCUUGGGCUGAGAGAGACAAUUCAUCUUUCCCUUCUCAUGUAGAGGUAUUGGAGUACUUGCAUGGCUAUGCCACACACUUUGACCUAUUGAAAUAUGUCAAGUUUGAGUCCAAAGUGGUUGAAGUACGUUAUGUUGGUGGUAUUGGUCAUCAAACCACCACCCAAUUUCCCGGGAAUUCGAACUCCGGGGAGUAUGGGAACCUUUUGAAUGGUGAUCCUGUUUGGGAGGUCGCUGUUCAGAUGUGCAGCAAUCCAAACACCAUUCAGUGGUAUGCAUUCGAGUUCAUAGUAGUUUGCAUUGGAAAAUAUGGAGACAUACCAAGAAUGCCAAAUUUCCCGCGCAACAAAGGUCAAGAAGUAUUUCAGGGCAAAGUCUUGCACUCCAUGGAUUACUCUAAGCUUGACCAACAAGCAGCUCGUGAACUCCUCAAAGGCAAGAAGGUUGCAGUUAUUGGCUACAAGAAGUCAGCUAUUGAUAUGGCAGUUGAGUGCGCAGAGGCAAACCAAGAUAGGCAGAGAGAUGGAAGUGAUGAAGAACAUUUUACAAGAGGCACUGCAUUUCAACUUUCAGUAUCAACCACAGCGACGACAUUUGUGAAGAGAUGGGAUGGAAAUCUUGGAGGAAAAGUAACUGGCUUUCAGAAGCUUUUAGCCCCUAUAACAGCCGAGACUACAAAGAAGUUGACUAUUGAACCCAAACAUGUACUUUUGCGCUACAAAAAAAAAGAGUGA